AUGUUAAACUUCCCUUUGACCUAUGGGACCAGAGACCAGUGGAAGCAUAGAAUCAGAUCGGAAAUUCAGAUCUGGAGUAUGGCUCAAUUUGAAGUGUCAGAUGUUGUGAGUCAGGAUGGCUGGAGUGUAACUUAUACCAGUCAGAGUAUCUGUGCCUUAAAGGAUUCAUCAGUGGACAUAUCCUGCUCUUACACACAUCCCAGUGUUCCCAUAGUCACUAAGACUUUCUGGUUCAAUAAACGGCUGGAAAUGGAAGAGCCUGUUGACCUGAGUCAGAAACUGGAAUAUCAGGGACGUGUGAAAUAUGACAGUAAAGAGAAUCAUCACACACUGACAAUAACAAAUCUAAAGGAGAGUGACUCUGGAGAAUAUUAUUUCAGAUUUCUCACUAAAGAAGCAGAGGGACAUUAUGGCACACCCCCAGUCUCUCUCACUAUCACAGACCUGCAGGUGACAGUGAGUCCUAACACAGUGAGAGAGGGACAGAGAGUAACACUGACCUGUAACACCACCUGCACUCUGAGUAACAACCCUACAUACAUCUGGUACAGAAACAAUCAGCCUGUAACUAAUAAACACAGACACAUCCUGUAUCUGGACUCAGUCAGCAGUGAGGACACAGGCAGCUACUCUUGUGCUGUACAAGGUCAGGAGAAUCUCCACUCUCCAGCAGUGUGUAAGUUUGAAUUUAAAAGCUGUUGGAGUGUUAAUUACCCAGAGAGAAGAAUCGUUGCUGUGAAAGGUUCAUCAGUGGACAUGCCCUGUACUUACACAUAUCCCAGUGGAUAUACAGUGAUUAAAACAUUCUGGUUUAAUAAAUGGGAAAAACCUGAGGAUCUGAGUCAGAAUAGAGAUUAUCAGGGCCGUGUGGAAUAUCUUGGGAAUAAAGAGAAUAACUGUAGUCUGAGAAUUAGAAAUCUGAGAGAGAGUGACUCUGAAGAAUUUUCCUUCAGGUUCAUCACUGACAGAAAAGGAGGAAGAUUUGCUGGAUCACCUGGAGUCUCUCUGUCUGUUGCUGAUUCUGAUCCAGUGUAUGAUAAUGUCUCAGCUGUGGCCAUGACCUCUGACCCCACACAGAGAGUGAACACUGAUGAUCAGGGUGAUGUUCACUAUGCCAAUGUUCAGUUCAGUCACUCUAAGAGACAGGAAGUGUCUCUGUACUCCACAACUCAACAUCAGCAGCCUGACAAACAGGAAGAGGAUGUGCAGUAUGUCACUGUGAACUUCAGCAGAGCCAGUGCUGCCCCCCAACCUGAGGCAACAGAGUCAUCUGAGGAUCCAUCUGUGAUCUACAGUCAGAUCAACAAACACAAACCCUGA